AUGGGUAGAGUGUCAAGGCGCGACAGACUUCCGCCAAAAGAGCCUGUUAUUCUCUUCACAUUCGCCUCGUCCCUCACUCCUAGUGCGUGGGACGCGGCGGCGGAUGCGGUGGAAAACACACCGGGCCAGGCACCUGCGCAUCCCGACAAAGAUCGCGAGACGCAGCUCGUAUAUUACAUCGGCAUCGCGCGAGGGCCGUCCAUUCUCGUUGAUUUCGGCCGGUACAGGAAGAUUCUGCGAAGCGCCGUCGCUGCCGUGCUGGCAGACGCUCCUCGGCACUGUAGCACAUACUCUUUGGGCUACGGCCGCACCAACCUCUUCCUCUCCUUCGGUCAGGGUUUAAUUGCCUUCGCUGUCGCGGACGAUGCACUAGACCGAAGUAGGGCGUUCCAGAUUCUCUCCCAGCUUCGAGCCACCGUCAUCCACACUCUCUCUCACACGCUCUCGCCGCACGCCCCCUCGCUCCCGCACCCCCGCUCGCACUCGCUCGCCGCUCUCGCCGCCGCGAACGCGCUCCGCCAGCCGCCGCAAAGACCGCUGGGCGCGCCUCCGGCGAGCAAGUGUAACUGUGUAACGGUUACAACUCCGCCGCCGCGUACGGAAGCGCCCGUGUCAACCGCACUCCCCGCAGCAGCAGCACAGGACGGCGAGGGACAAGCCACGUCAGCAGCUACCCCCGUCAGUAGCGCGACUAGCGGUGACACAGACACGGUUAAGACUGAUUCGACCACCCUUACCACCACCAUCACCACCACCACCACCAUCAGCAGCAGCAGCAGCAGCGGCAGCGGCAGCAGCAGCAGUAACGCGUUUCCAUCUGGUCGAUCGGCUAAGAUAACUCGCUCUCUAUCCGCGCAUUUCGCCCCGACCUUCCUCGCGGAUUGUCUGGAAGCGACCUUCAGGGAGGUGGUUCGAUCCGCUAGAGGCCGCCUCCGUAAGCGCACAGUGCUGCAACUGUACCCCGACGCGCCGCACGCGUAUCUCGUGAAUAAAAAGAACGUGCUCGAGCCGGAUAUUCUAGACCCGUCCGAGACCGGCAGUAACAGGCUUGUAACGGGUACAGGCGCCUCAGAACACAGCAGCAGCGACCCAGGCGGAAACCUCAGCCGCGGGGGAAGAGAAGGAACGGGUGAAGCAGGGGGGGCGGGAGGCGCAGGAGGAAGCUUCCAGGGCGGAAGGGAGAACCUUCUAAGCUCGCAAGUGAGCGCGAGGGAAUCCCUAAUGAGCGAGCUUUCAGAUAUGAUGGCGGAUUUCGAGGUGGGGGAUUUUGGGGAGAAGCUCGUGGUGUCGCGGACGGGGAAAGAUGAUGAAUACGUGGAUGACGAUGAGUGGUACAGGCAGACCCGCGGACAACCCCCCAUGAUGACCACCAAUGCGCGCGGCCUCGGGAUUGGUCCAGGGCUAGGGUUAGGGUUAGCGUCUGGUGCUGGAGGGGGCGGGGGGAGGGGUGGAGGGGGGGGAGGCGGAAGGGGAGGCGGAGGGGGAGGCGCGGGGGGAGCGGGGAACAGUCCGCUGCUGGAUUUCGCGCAGCAUGCGCGGGCGGCGGGGCUGUUCCCGUCGCACUCGCACUCCGCCGUGUUCGCACCCAUGGGCGCCCGCUCCGCGUCCCUUGGUGUGGGCGCAGCGCUGCCCUUGGUUCCCGCGGAAUACGCGGGGCUCGUCCCUAUCAGGUCGGGGGGAGGGGCGGCGGGGGCGGCGGGCGUUGGGGUGGCAAGGGGGGGAGGGAUGGGGGGAGUAGGAGGUGGUGGGGCCGAGCGACAGCAGCAGCAGCAGCAGCAGCAAGCGCAUGCUUUCCCGCGGGCAGCAAUGGGGGGCGUGUUGAGAGAAGGCUCAGCAGAGGGGGAUGCAUGGGAGCAGCAGGGGGAGGGGAGAGGAGAGGGGAGUGGAGAUACCCAAUUAGGAGCAGGUACAGGAGCUCGGCACAGUAUCUCUCUCUCCCACACAGAACCCUCGUCAGACACCACAGUGGUUCCGGAUUUUCACCUGAACCCUCACCUGACAGGGCACCUGACAGGGCACCUGCCAGGGCACGCGCCAGGGCACGCGCCAGGGGGGAUGCAGAGAGCAGGUGUGGGGCGGAAGCUGGGGGAGGGGCACCGGCGCAUGGGGGGGAGUGAGGGCGCCCUUGGCGCGCUAGACACUAGCAUCCUGGAGGUCACCGUUCCUAACAGCAGCGGUUUUGGGAACAGCGCGUUUGGGAGCAGCGGUUUUGGAAGCAGCGGUUUUGGGGGCAGCGGGUUUGAGGGGGGCGGGUCUCAAAGAAUCGGUGGGGAAGCAGGGGGGGCAGGAGUGGGUGCAAGCGGCAAUGAGGGGUUUUACCCUGGUGGUGCUGCAGCCGGGUUUCCCCCUGCAGGGUUCUCCCAGCCUGGGUUUUCGCCUGCAGGGUUUUCCCAGCCAGGGUUUUCGCCUGUAGGGUUUUCUCCUGCUGGGUUUUCCCCGGGUGCUGCUGGGGGUGGCGUUGGGCAUACAGCAGGGGAUAUAGAGGAGGACGAGGAAUUCGACCGGACCGCCCUCACCGGACCUGCAAGUUCGGGCGGGAAGGAGUUCGUCCGGGCGCAGGCUCGGCACCAGGCUCGGGAGUGGGGCACGAUGCGCAUGCGGCUGAAAUCGGGGCAGAUGUCUCCGAUGCUAAAAGGGGCUUUAAGUGUGUUUAGAAGCCCGACGGUGCAGGAGAAAACGGCAGGGGGGAUGCGGCCGGCCACUGCUGCCAGGAUUUCGGCUUUAACUGCUGGAGGGGGCGGGGGGAUGAGAGGGGAUGAGAAGUGGAGUGCAGGACUCAGGCCUUUAUGGGCUUCUUUUAAGAAAGGGGCGAGUGGGAAGGAGAAGGAGGGGGGCAGUGGGAAGGAGCGGUAA